GAGCUUGCUCGUCUUCCCCAGGCAUGGCUGGACUGAAUGCAGCAGGAGCUUACAUGGAGCAUGUGGAGUGUGCUCCAUCAAGAAGAAAGGACUCGACAAAUUCUCUUGAACAAAAGAUUAGACACUUGGAAAAACAGAGGCAAGAGCUCAUGGAAGUCAAUCAACAAUGGGACCAGCAGUUCCGAAAUAUGAAAGAGUUAUACGAAAAAAAGGUCCUGGAGCUGCAAACAAAAUUGGCGGCCACAGAAGAUAUCCACACCAUAGAGAAGGAACAGAAACAAAGUGCGACAGAGGGUGACAGGCAGCUAGAGGAAAGGGAAAGCCUAAGGGAAGAAUUGCGAGCCCUGAAGAAGGAGAAUAUGCUGCUGAAGGAAAACAAUGCUCUCGCAAAGAGGAAGAAAGAACAUUAUGCCUGUGAAAUUAAACGACUCAAUAAGGCUCUUCAGGAUGCCUUGACAAUCGGGAGCGCUUCGCUUUCUGAGGGCUCCAGGAAGUGUACAGGCAGGUGCAGCUGCGCAGAGAUGAGAACAAGGGUGGAAAGUCACAAGCAGCAGCCAGACUAUCGGUGGAAUGCUCUUAACCAGACUCCUCCACAUGUACAGCACAAGGCACGUGGUUUCUCCUCAGAACGGAAAUCCAACCAAUAGAUGUGCACAUUAGCAAAGAAGAGUAGUGGACUCUCAGUUGUGACCACUUUGCUUCUGCAAGACAGC